CACAUCUCCAAAUAAUAUUCCCUUCAAGACUAGGAAAUACUAGGCAUGAUGGAUCAGAAGAGCAGAGAUAAGCGGCUCUCGCAGCGCCGACUGGAUCUGUCGCCGUCUCUGUACGAAUGGUAGCCGCAAUAUCUUUGCCCGCCUGAACCCUGAUACUUUUCGCUUUAUUUUCACCUUUCAGCUACCCGAGUUGCAUUGCACAAAGGAUAGUGGCUGAUUCACCACGAUCCGUUCAAACCCUUGGUCACCCGUUCCCAGCUGUACUGGGAACAUUAAUCGUAGGUCCUGAAAGAGACCAAGACACAGACCCGCCCAGAGAAGGGAGGGUUAAUGAGUGGAGAGAGAGAGAGAGAGAGAGAUAGAGAGAGAGAGAGAGAGAGAGACUGCUCAAAUAAGAAGUCUUUUAUCUAGGAUAAUAAAUCUAUUAAUAGAGAGAACGACAAAUGCAAUUUACUGUUUCUGGUGGGAGAAUAGAAGACGGAGCAGCAUCGGACUCUGUUUUACUAAGCAAAUUAAAGGAUUUCAUUUAUUUUUCUUUUUGGGACCACAAGAGAACAAGGAGGAGAAUAUCAUAGUUUUGGGUCUGUCAUACAGUAAGAUUGCUUCGGCUCCUGGGUACGGGGAUCAUGAAGGCGGCGGUGGAUAUGAAACCGACGUUGAACAUCAAGUCCGAAAAAGUAGACGAGGUGGAGUGUGAGGACGUGCCUCUACUCACCCCCGGCAGCAAGGAGAUGAUGUCACAGGCCCUGAGGGCCACCUUCAACGGCUUCAGUAAGGAGCAGCAGCGGCUGGGGAUCCCAAUCGACCCUCUGCAGUGGAGCGAGAGCCACGUGGCAGCCUGGCUCUUGUGGACCGUGAACGAGUUCAGCCUGCGCAACGUGGACUUCUGCCGCUUCUGUGUGGACGGCGCCACCCUCUGUGCUCUGGGCAAGGAGCGCUUCCUGGAGCUGGCGCCAGACUUCGUGGGCGACAUCCUCUGGGAGCAUCUGGAGAUGCUGCAGAGAGACGCGAAAUAUUUCCACACUGAUGUGGUGAACCCCACCUCCCAGGAUGCCUGCUAUCCUUUGGAUUAUUUUGGAGGUUAUGGCAUCGAGCAUGCCCAGUGCGUCCCGCCAUCUGAGUACUCAGAUCCAGGCUUCAUCACCGAGUCCUACCAGAUGCUGCACCCCAUCAGCUCAGAGGACCUGCUCCCGAUCAAGUACGAGAGCACCCACGCUGGGAUCCUCGACCCCCUCCCCAGGGACUACCUCCCCACCGUCAAGCAGGAGGUCGUCUCCCUCGACAACAUGUGCGUCGGCCACAUCAGCCGAGGCACGCUGGAUGGCCAGGACUCCUUCGAGAGCACGGAGAGCACGGAGAGCGGCGAGUGGAGGCUGCCGCCCUUCAGUGGCCUGCAGAGGGUGCCGUCCUACGACGGCUUCGACUCAGAGGAGAGCCCAGAGGUGCCUCCGGCCCACCGGGCCAAGGGAACCUUCAAGGACUACGUGAGGGAGCGACCCGAGCUCAGCACGGACAAGUCCGUCAUUCCAGCGGCCGUGCUCGCCGGAUACACAGGAAGUGGACCCAUCCAGCUGUGGCAGUUUCUCCUGGAGCUCUUGACAGACAAGUCGUGCCAGACCUUCAUCAGCUGGACAGGUGAUGGCUGGGAGUUCAAGCUGUCUGACCCGGAUGAGGUAGCGCGACGCUGGGGGAAGCGGAAGAACAAGCCUAAGAUGAACUAUGAGAAGCUGAGCCGUGGCCUGAGAUACUACUAUGACAAGAGCAUCAUUCACAAGACGUCGGGCAAGCGCUACGUGUACCGCUUCGUCUGCGACCUGCGGAGCCUGCUGGGGUACGCCCCCGAAGAGCUGCACGCCAUGCUGGAUGUCAAGCCCGAUGUGGACGAGUGAGGGGGUGCGGCUGGGGGGCCUAGAUAGAGGGUGGGCAUGAUCUCGCUGUAAGGAGACGUGGAUGGAUUCACUUUCACGUCCCAGUGUACAUUGCACUAUGCACGCUGAAAAACAGAGCCUACCGUGUGCCCUCUUACCCCCCCACCCAACCCAACAUGGAGCACGACAAGUUUGUUAGCAGAUGUUGUGGGGAACAAAUCUGGGGAUUCAGGGAUGAGCGAUCUUCCAGUGAGCGACCAAAAUGAAAACGAUCUAUGCAAACUUGUUUCAUUUUUUUAGCUAAAUAUAAUGUUCCUACCCCUCUGGGUACAGACUAGCAUGGCGACUUUUCAAAACGUGUCCUCCUUUGUUCUGUUAUUGCUGAUUCAUGCCAGUAUUACCUGUGACAGCCUCCCGCCACGCCUUGCGGUGAGCUCUCACUUUGUAUGCCUGUGGCUUGUUAUUUCUGUUCGUCCAGGCCAGAGCGAACAGUCCAUCAACACUGUGGAUCUCCAAGGCGGUUCUGAAUGUCCCUCUUAUGAGAAAUGGGGACAUGAGCUCGACGGCUCCCCUGACAACACUGGGCCUGGUUAGGUCAGGCACUCGUUGAGAAAAAAAAAAAAGUAUUAAUGACUGAGACCCGGAGCCGUGAGUGUAUGCAAUUGAAAACUUCAGUUUUUCUCCAACGGCCUUCAACUGUAAAAGCAAAAAAAAAAGAAACCCCUUAUUAGCAAAGAUUCUCUCUGGUUGCUGUUUCUGUCUGCCGUUCAUGUGCCUUAAACGAAACCAGCAAAAGCUUCUAUUAUUCCACAACCACCCAUUUCAUAGAGCUGAAUGUACUGUUAUUAUAACUGUAUCUUAGCAAAGGAACCUGGGAAAUUGACAUCCUGGGUUCGCCGCUCUCACUGUUUUUCGGUCGUAGCGCAUUUCGAUGAAGGAGAACCUGCCUCGUCAGGGCUGGGGGGGGGGGGGGGGCAACAUGCUGGUGCAGUGAAGGUAUUUUUCAGAAGGUCAAAGUCAAUAUUUUGGUGGGUCAGUUUUGCUCAGACUGAAACUUGGUAAGAGAUCUGAGGGCGUCUCUCCUUAAGUGGGCUUCCCACUAGCUGGGGAUGGUACCAAGAUCACAGAUUCAAGUCCUUUUGGGAAAUGGGAGGUGACUUGAUGUUGUACUUUUUGAACAAAUGACUUGACCUAAAUGGCUUAAUUUCUCAGCAGUGACAAUUUAUUUUCGUUGUUUUGAAGUUGCUUUUUUCCUGGUUUAGGUGUAAUGUUCUGAAAAGUCUCUGGUCUUAAGACGGCAACGACAGCGUCGGUGCUCAUUCAGGUUUCGCUUAGCCAAACACCAGCCAGUACAAAUUCAAUCAGGACAUGGGGGAUUCGUGCAGCCGAUUAUUUUUUUUUUGUUUUUUUACAUCUGACCGCUGAAUGCUGUUUAUUGCGUUUGACUGAAUAUGGAUGAGGAAUGAAAUCACGGAAUGGAGUUAUCGGCCUCCAGGCGCAGAUCCUCUCCUCGUUUAUUUCUUCUGGAUGAAAUUCCCGCAAUUUAUUGUUAUGACUGGAGAGCGGUAUCACUGAGUUUAUCGUGUGAUUUUAAUUUUUUUUUCUCAGCAGGGAAUCACUGUAAACAGGGCCGGUGCUGUAAGCCGAGGCCUGUUGGUGUAUUUAAUCCGUAUAUUGUGUUUACAGUCUCUGAACUCCCGCAGUCAUGAUCGUAGACUUACGGUUUGUACAGAUUGCGUUUCAUGGUAUUUAAAUGUUAGGGGGACUUCGUCAUGAAUGCAGAACUUUUGGGGUCCUCAAUGGCACAGUCUAUUUAUAGUGUCUGAAGAUGGAAACUGCAGCCUCUCUGGGGAAGCAUGGUGUUUGUUGGUUUGGCUCACCUUGGUCGCAUUAGCUGUGUAGUGCAGCCAUGUUUAUGAUGGGAUGGCAUGUCCCUGUUAUAGGAUUGGCUGAAUCUUACCAGAUGAAGGCUGAAACAGGUAUGGUUUGUUGGCUCAGCUCGGCCUAAAAAGAAGCGUAGAUUUUCAGGGCGCUCUCAGUUACCCCGUCUUGUCUCAUACCUCGAAAUCAGACGGCGAGUUCCUCCAUCAAACCGCCAGCCGCAGCAAAGUCUUACCUUUCAAGAGAAGGCAGGUGCGAGAAUUCAGGUCAGACUGCAACCGAUUCCCCUUUGAAAUCAUUUCCCCCAAACCGUGCUAGUUCAGUACUUGCACGGAUCGCGUCAGUGGCCUCGGAAUAGAAAGGCCAUUUAGGUCAAGCUCCCUCGUGGUCGAGAGAGACAGGGAAGUGAAUGAGGACUCAUCUCACCCCGGCUGUGUGGAGGUGUCCUGCAGUAUUACUUAGACAGGAACGGUAGCCUAUUUUUUAGUAUUGUUGGUUAUUCAUGUCUCUAACUAAAAGUGCCUUAGACUAACAUUGUUCUGGACUAGUAGUAGUGCACGAGUCUUAUCAGUCUGAAUUCUAACAUUUUAACAUCUACAUUGAUCUAGAUUAGCACCAGUUUUGAUCUACAUUGAUCUGGAUUAGUAGUACUCUUGGUCUAUAUUGAUCCGGAUUAGUAGUGCUUUGGGUCUACAGUGAUCUAGACCAGUGCAUUGGGCCAGUAAUGAUCUAGACCAAUGAUCCUUUGGACCAGGAUCACUUUAGGCCAAUAUUAUUCUGAACUAGUAGCACUUUGUUACUGUAACGAUAGUAGUACUUUGGACUUCUUCAGGACUGGAAUGGCUUUGGUCCAACACUGAUCUGGACCAGCAGUGCUUUGAGCCUGUAGGACUUUGGACCAAAGUCAACCUGACUGCCAUCCCUUCAGACUGACAGCACUUCUGCCGCUCUGCCCCCAUCAGACCAAAGAGACAUUGGAAGCUCACCUGUAGCACCUUCCUAUUGCCAUUCCUGUUGUUUUCCAGUAUUUCUAUGUUGAGGUGUUUUUUGUUUUUUAUUUGUACUUGGUUACACAUCUUAUGAAUAAUUUAUAUUUUAUUAACGUUGAAAUAGGAGAAGAAAAAAAUCGUGUACCUUUUUUUUUUUAAAAAAAAAAAAAAUACAAAUAUGUAUGCCACAAAAAUGGAAAAAAAUAUAAUGUAUAAGAAUGGCUGAUG